GGGGUUAAAUCCCCCCGCUGGGCGGCAGCUCACACCUGCACCCCGCCCGGCGCUGCACCAUGCUCCCCGGCCGCCCCGGCCCACUGGUCGCCUGCCUGCUCCUCGGCCUGCUGCUGCUCCGCCUCCCCCCGGUCCGGAACCGAAUGCCUGAGGCGGUGAAAGCCGGCGUGUGCCCCCCGCAACACGCGGACAAAAACUGCGAGCAGAACUGUACGUUGAAUUGCAGCGGGGAUGAAGACUGCCAGGACAACCUCAAGUGCUGCCGGGCGGGCUGCGACACCUUCUGCCUGAUGCCCAAUGAAAAGGAGGGCUCCUGCCCGCUCAUACACCCUGGCAUCCCUAUGCUCGGCCUCUGCUUCAACGAGUGCACGAUGGACAGCGAGUGUUCCGGCCGGAUGAAGUGCUGCCUCAACGGCUGCGGAAAGGUGUCCUGCGUCACGCCCAACUUCUGAGCUCCAGCCACUACCAGCCUGAGGAGCGGGGCAGGGGAAGUUCCUGCCUGACCUCGGCCUUGCUGCCUUCCUCUCUCUCUGGCCUUGCACGCCCCUCUGGGCUGCUCACAGCUUCUUCCUUUGCUAACCAAUAAAGCAACCACUUCCGGCACCAA